CUCUCUCCUCAAUCUCUCAGUUCCAACGUAAUAAUCAUUUCUAUCUCAAGUUUUCAUCAGUUCCAUAUGUUUAUCUCAUUCUCUUUCUAUUAAUACAACAAGUAAACAUUGGACACUCACUUGGAGAGAGAAAGAGAGUGAGUGAGUCAGUGAGAAUUAGAAGAGAGAGACAAUUUCAAUUUAUUCGUUUUUCUUUCAUUUUCUUUUUUGUUCCAAUUUUUAUACUUGUACAAUUUGUUGUGGAAAAAAGUGUUUACUAAUUUUCUUCUUAUUCUUCAGUGUUUUUCUUAAUUCUAUGUUCAUCUUGAUCAUCUUUUCCUCGUCGUUGUUGUUUAAUCUUGUUCUCGUAAUUUAUUGGUUAUCAUCGAUUGAUCAUAUUGUUGAUUUAAAGAGAAAAGAGAAAAUAUUGUGAUACCUUUUGUUUCUCUUGUUUUGGUUGUUCUCUUUUUCUCUUUAAUUGUGAACGUUGUUUUCUUUUUUCUUCUUUCAUUUUGUUUAAUUUUCUUUUUUCUUCUCUUGUGGUGGAAUAACAACAACCACUUUUACCAUAUUGAUGACGUUGCACGAAACCACUUUGGUUCCUCUUCCCUCUUUCUUGGACUCUCAGGAUACUUACAUAUGCACAACAUAUUCUCCGAGGUGUUUUGUCAUCCAAAAGAUCAAAACUUGUCAUCGAUCCCCUUCUAGUAACAAUGUUAACGGUUCCUGUUUGGGAUCUCAUCGUGAUACAUUUAAAAGUGAUCCUAAUCGUUUGACUAAUCAUCCACAUCAUCCAGUUAAUUGUGGUGCUAAUAAUUACAACAAUCAUCAUAAUGUUAACUAUGCUAAUCCCGUUGUUAUCACAUCAACACUAAGUUCAAGACCAUCACCACCUCGAGAUCACCAUCAUCAUCCUCAUCCUCAUCCUCAUCCUCAUCCUCAUCAUCUUCAUCAUCAGCAUCACAAUCAACAUGCACCUCCAAAGACCCGGAAAGAUGAAGAUAAAAGGGAAGUGGGUGGUGGUUGUAACGAUGGAACCGGAAAUGGAAAUAAGUGUAAGAUAAAAACAUCAGAUCUUCCUGAAAAAUCAAAUUCUGACAUUGAAAUUGAAUGUACGGAUGAUGAGGCUAAUCGAAGUGGCUUUUUAAAAGUACCUCUUCCACCAUCGUCAACCCAAACAUCAUCUUCAUCAGAUGAAACAUCAGCAACAACUUCAUCAUCUUCUUCAGCUCCAAUCCAAGAAGAUAAAGAUGAAGAUGGAGAUAAAGAAGCUGAGAACUCAGAAGGAGCUGAUGAUAAAACCAUCUCCUCACCAAUCACAGAUACAAUUGUCAAUGAAUCAAAUAGAGUGUCAUCAAUUUCCAAUGAUGAGAAUCUUAAUGAUAAAGAAAAUGGUAAAUCUAUUGAAGAGAGUAACUUUGACAGUGGAUGUUCAAGUAGCAGUGGGAGUAGUAUAACCGGAAGUAGUCGAGCUUCAAAAGAUUCAGGCUACACGGGAUCAGAUCAAUGUUAUCAAUCGCUAACAACAUCAGCAUCGGUAUCACCUCCUCCAUCGGUGCUUUCACAAGCUCAGCCCAAGGUUUCACAUGCUACAAAUUCAACUCUUGGUAUAACUGCGGCUGCGGUUGUACCACCAGUCGGAGUAUCUCCACCCCUUUUAGCGCCAAUCAUACCACCACCAGCACCCACAGCAACAGGUAUGAAAUCACUUGAAGUACCAAACAAUUGGUUAGCUGGUGGACCAAUUGAUUUCAGCCACACAAAAGUUUGUCGAUGUCGAUUAAAUAAAAACCUUGACCAUCAUCACGGUUCUUCCAGUUUCAGUCCAUUCCUUCCCGUUGACCCUUUACAAAAAGGCCACCAAUUCAUCAGUCAGGUCAGGUCAAAUCAUCUUUCUCUCCAUCAUCAAUCUAAAGAAGAGAUUCGUCCACUCGAGGAAACUAUUCCUUUGGAAAGGUUAAAGGUCAUGUUACAGAAUCAAUUGGAAUAUUAUUUUUCACGAGAAAAUUUAUCCCGUGAUUCGUAUUUAAAAUCACAAAUGGACUCAGAUCAAUACGUUCCGAUUAACACUGUUGCCAAUUUUGAUCAGAUCAAACGAUUGACCCGUAAUCUUGAUCUAAUCGUUAGCGUCCUCAAAGAAUCACAAUGUGUCCAAGUGGACGAAAGCGGUCAGAAAGUUAGACCAAUGAGUAAAAGAUGUGUUCUUAUACUCAGAGAGAUACCUGAAUCAACUCCGCUUAAAGAUGUACAAAAUCUAUUUAAUGGUAAAGAUUGUCCAAAAUAUGUGUCCUGUGAAUUUGCCCACAACAAUAGUUGGUAUGUUUCCUUUGAAUCAGACGAAGACGCUCAACGAGCUUACAGAUAUUUACGAGAAGAUGUUCAAACAUUUCAAGGUAAACCGAUAAUGGCUCGAAUCAAAGCUAAACCGGUAAUCUCAAGUUAUACAACUUUUAAAAAUGGAAUCGAUUCAACCAAUGGUUUCGAGAGUAACCUAAAUACAAUGGAGAGUCCAGUUAAUCCGAGUGGUAUUUAUAAUCCAUCGAUACCUACUAAUCACCCUGGUUAUCCAGCGAUUCCUCCGAUAUUCCCAACUCUAUUUGCCACACCACCUCCAACUAUGCUACACACAUAUCCACCUCCAUCAGCCACCCAAUGCUAUGAUCUAAGCACAGUUUUCACUUUGAACGGUCUCUCCCCGCACGCAGCAUUUAAGCCCAUCCACCACCACCACCAUCAUCAUCAUAGCAACAACAGUCACUCCAACAAUACUUUAAACAACAAUGCCAACAGUUCAACUCGAUCUUCACCUUUUAUCCUCCGUCGAUCAGGAGGAGGAGGAUCAACACCAGGAUCAUCAUUAACCACCAGUGGUGGAAUCGUUGGUGCCAAUAACUCGGGCAGUUGCCAUUUAAAUCAACGUAAAACCAAUUCUAAUAUUUACCAUUCUCAAUCUAAUCAUCAUCACCACCACCAUCAUCAUCAUGGAUGCUCUGUAGCCGGUGGUAAUAAUAAUGGACCUCGAGUGACCAAUACAACUAAUCUAAAUGUCUCCCAUGACAAUCAUUCAAAUCAUCUAAUUCAAUCACAACAUCCAACAAUUCAUUUAUCCAACAGAGGAUCAACAUCAUCAUCAAUAAAAUUACAUGAAUCACAUUCCACUGAUUAUAGCAAACAAUCAACAGAGAACAGGUUAUCAAUCAAAAUCAAUCAAAAUGUCGAUAAGCGACCGAAAAUUUCAGAGCCUUGGACUGGAAAUUCAUUGUCACCUCAUAAUUGUGAUGAAAAUCAUCAUGGUAAAAACAAUGGAUCAUCCUCAUCUUCAAUUCAAUUAAAGAAACUUAAUUCAUCCCGAACUGAGUCACGAGAAGCAUCUUCAUCAUCAGUCUUAAAUUCAAAUGAAUCAAGUAAACCUGAAAUGACUGUUAAUCGUGUCAAUGCCAACAGUAACAAUGAAAUUAACAAAUUGUCAACACAAUCUAAUUCACUUUCCAUAAGGUUAUCAACUAAAUCAAUAAGAAAAAAGCGUAAAGAUGAAACAUCAUCAACCAUAACACCAACGCCAAUCCAUUCAUUGACAGGAUCAUCUUCAUCUUCAUCUUCAUCAACACCAACAACAAUUUCAUCAUCAAUUGUAUCAACAACAACAACAACUCACAAAUCACAAACACCAGAAGUGUCAGCUCAAGUUCAUAAUACUAAUAAUAAACAAUUAACUUCUCGAACUAAUAAUGACCAUAGUAGUAAACCAACUCGAAGUCUGGAGAGGAAGAAAAAUGAGAGACUCGAUUUUGACCUGAUUUCCUCCGCUUUUCCUCCUCUUCCAAGUUCCGUUUCCUCUAAAUCAGAUCUACAAUCAUCAAACUCCGAGUUAAUUGCUGACAAUUUCCCUAAAUUGUGUUCAUCAUCAUUGCAAUCAAAUAGCAUCUCAUAUAGUUCAGCUUCAGGAUCUAACUCAUCAAGAGACUUAAUCAAAAAUACAAAAUCAAUUAGCGACAAUCAUGAACCUGUGAUCAAAGUUGUCUUAAAUUCAUCGUUAGCUGAUAUUGUCCGAGGUACUGUCUCAAAGACGACGGACAAAUCAUUAAAUCGCACAACAAUCAGUCAAACUGUUCAACAACAAUCAAGUUCAACAAACAAGUUAUCGGGUGAUAGUAGUAACAAUAAUAGUAAUAAUAAUAACUCCAAUGGAAUUGGUAUCGGCGGUAAUAAUAAUCAUCAUCAUCAUCUGAUCACCUCUUCAUUAAACUGUAGCAAACAAAACAACAAGAAUGAUUUGAUUAUAAAAACUAAUCUAAAAUCCUCAACAAUUCACAAUAUUGGUGUUGAUCGACAAUUAAACAAGUCUACCUCAUUUUCCGAUAAUAAUUGUCUUUCAUCCUCAUCCCAACUGAAAGAAACAAUUAAUAUCAAGGAGAAUAGUAAAAAAUCAUCAAAUUUAACUAAAAUUUGUCCAAAUUUACGAUUAUCAGCAACACUAAAUCAACAGAAAUCAAAUCAAGUUGAAAAAUUUCAUCACCAUCUUCAACAAUUGGAUCGUACAAAUCAAUUAACUCUUAAAAGUGAAUCAGUUAAUUGCGAUGAGAAAAAGGGUGAUGAAAGAAUUGAGGAACAAGUAAAUAAAGAUAUUAAAACAAUCACCAACCUCGGUGAUAAUGAUGAUGAUGAAAAUGAUGAUGAUGAGAAGAUGAAAACAGGAAAAAAAGGGAAAAAUGAUAUAACUUCAUCUUCUCAUGAUGAUAAUGAUGACGAUAAUCAAGAUGCUAAUGGUGCUAUUAAAGUGAUUAAUAAAGAGACAGUUGCCAAAGUUACCGAAGUUAAUUGUAAAUCAGAUGAAUCAUCAUCUGGUAAUGUUGAUGGUAACAAUCAAGCCGAUAGUAAUUCAAAAUUGUCAACAAAUGUCACUCCCGAUGUAUCAUCAUCUUCAUCUUCAUCCUCAUCAUCAACUACGAAAGUUUUAUUGAAAGGAUGUCUGAAAGAUUUACGCCAAAUUUAUCCGAUUAUGGAUAAGAAGAGACAAUUAAUUAAUUUAUCAUCUCGAUCAUCAGAUGAAACAUCAUUAAGAAUUACCUUAAAUGGGGGAGGAUUGAAUGAUGAUAAAUAUCAUCAUUUACAAUGUUCGUCAUCAUCUAUGAAAGAAGAGAGAGAAAAUCAUGUUCCAUCAUUAACUAAUCAUCUUAAUGAAGAAAAUGCUAAAGAAGAUUCUUGUGAUACUAAUUCAUCAUCGAAAAUGAUUAACGGUGAUGAUGGUAAUUGUAACAAUGGAACAGAUCGUUGAUUUUGGAAAUAUAUAUUAUAUUAUAUAUAUGAUUCGAAGAAGAUAAAUUCCCUCCACCCUUUCGUCCUGCGAUUUCCUCUCUUGACCUGUGACCUUCGUUUUCUGGCUUUUUGGUGAUAUGUGCUAACUUUUCAGUUUCUUUUGGUCAGUUUAAUGUGAAAUUGUGUCUCAUUGUAAGUGAGAGAGAGACAGAGACCCAAUGAAUGAGAUGACCACUGGAAGGAUGAAAAAGACACAACAACAAUUGAUAAACAAAAUGAUAACAAUAUAUAAAGAUAUAUAUUCAUAUUCAUAUGAUAUUAUUACCUGAUUAUUAUUGAUAAUGUGCUGAUGCAUUGAGUUUGUUUGGAUUAUUAAUUAAUUGUUUAUGUUUUAUUUUCUGUUCUUGGAUUUUAUCUUUGUGAUGGAAACUCAAGUUUCCAACUUUUUAUCUAUACAAUAUAUUAUAUUAUUAUUAAUUAUUGAUUAUUAUCAUCAUUUAAUUGUCAAGAUUACGCUUUAAUCACAUCAACAACAAAUGGAUU